AUGGAUACUACGCGCCAAACAGUCGAGGACGCUGAUCUUAGCCGACUCAACGACCAGGACAAGGCCGAGCUUCGACAAUUCCUCGCCCUCGAGUCGAAGAGGUCCGAGAUUCAGGCCAAUACUCAUGCGUUGACGGAGGUUUGCUGGAAGAAGUGCAUCACCGGCGCGGUCCGAGGACCCAAGCUUGACAAGAGCGAGGAAUCCUGCUUGACGAAUUGCGUCGAGCGAAUCUUGGAUAUCAACUUCCUCACUGUUAAACACCUUGAAAAACUACGACAAUAG